GAAUGCGGCGCCUGACUCACAGCGCCCCUACCUGCCGCCGCCCAUAAAGCCGAUCCCGCCGCCGCCCUCGCACAGCCAGGCCCGACGCGCCGCUGCCCCAGCCCGCGAGCCCAGCGCAGCGCGGGGAGUCCCGGCCAAGAACAAGAAUGAUGGUUUCACCUCUCAGCCUGAGGACCAGGCUGCUGCUGGCAGCCCUGCUAAGCCUCAGCCUCUCCGGGAACAUGGCCAACCGCUGCAAGAAGGCCCAGGUGAAGAGCUGUACCGAGUGCAUCCGUGUGGACCCGGACUGCGCCUACUGCACGGAUGAGAUGUUCAAGGAUCGACGCUGCAACACCCAGGCAGAGCUGUUGGCUGCUGGCUGCCGGCAGGAGAGCGUGGUGGUCAUGGAGAGCAGCUUUGAGAUCACAGAGGAGACCCAGAUCGAUACCACCCUGCACCGCAGCCAAGUGUCUCCCCAGGGGCUGCGGGUCCGGCUUCGGCCUGGUGAGGAGCGGCAUUUUGCGCUAGAAGUCUUCGAGCCCCUGGAGAGCCCUGUGGACCUGUACAUUCUCAUGGACUUCUCCAACUCCAUGUCUGAUGAUCUGGACAACCUCAAGCAGAUGGGGCAAAACCUGGCCCGGGUCCUGAGUCAGCUCACCAGUGACUACACUAUUGGAUUCGGCAAGUUUGUGGACAAAGUCAGCGUCCCCCAGACAGACAUGAGGCCUGAGAAGCUGAAGGAGCCCUGGCCCAACAGUGAUGCCCCGUUCUCCUUCAAGAAUGUCAUCAGCUUGACGGAAGAUGUGGGUGAGUUCCGGAGUAAACUGCAAGGAGAGAGGAUCUCAGGCAACCUGGACGCCCCUGAAGGAGGGUUUGAUGCCAUCCUGCAGACAGCUGUGUGCACAAGUGACAUUGGCUGGCGCCCUGACAGCACCCACCUACUGGUGUUCUCCACUGAGUCCGCCUUCCACUACGAGGCAGAUGGCGCCAACGUACUGGCCGGCAUCAUGCACCGUAACGAUGAGGAGUGCCACCUGGAUGCCACUGGCACUUACACCAAGUACAGGACACAGGACUACCCGUCCGUGCCCACUCUGGUGCGUCUGCUCGGGAAACACAACAUCAUCCCCAUCUUCGCUGUCACCAACUACUCCUACAGCUACUACGAGAAGCUGCACACAUAUUUCCCCGUCUCCUCCCUGGGUCUGCUGCAGGAGGACUCGUCCAACAUCGUGGAGCUAUUGGAGGAGGCCUUCAAUCGGAUUCGUUCCAACCUGGAUAUCCGGGCUUUAGAGAGCCCCAGAGGCCUGCGGACGGAAGUCACCUCCAAGAUGUUCCAGAAGACAAAGACGGGGUCCUUCCACAUCCGGCGGGGGGAAGUGGGCACGUAUGACGUGCAGCUUCGGGCCAUGGAGGAGGUGGACGGGACACACGUGUGCCAACUGCCAGAAGAGGACCACAAGGGCCAGAUUCACCUGAAGCCUUCCUUCUCUGAUGGCCUCAACUUAGAUGUGGGCAUCAUCUGUGAUGUCUGUGCCUGUGAGCUGCAAAAGGAAGUGCGGUCAGCUCUCUGCAACUUCAAUGGGGACUUCAUGUGUGGGCACUGUGUGUGCAGUGAGGGCUGGAGUGGCAAGACCUGCAACUGCUCCACAGGUUCCCUGAGUGACACGGAGCCCUGCGUGCGGGAGGGCGAGAUCAAGCCUUGCUCGGGCCGCGGGGAGUGUCAGUGCGGACGCUGCGUGUGCUAUGGCGAAGGCAGAUAUGAGGGCCAAUUCUGCGAGCAUGACAACUUCCAGUGUCCCCGCACCUCAGGCUUCCUCUGCAAUGACCGGGGCCGCUGCUCCAUGGGUCAGUGUGCGUGUGAGCCGGGGUGGACAGGCCCGAGCUGUGAAUGUCCACUCAGCAAUGCCACUUGCAUCGACAGCAACGGGGGCAUCUGUAAUGGGCGUGGCCACUGCGAAUGCGGCCGCUGCCACUGCAACCAGCAGUCUAUCUACACGGACACCACCUGUGAGAUCAACUUCUCGGCGAUCCGCCUGGGCCUCUGUGAGGACCUCCGUUCCUGCGUGCAGUGCCAGGCCUGGGGCACCGGUGAGAAGAAAGGGCGAAAGUGUGCAGAGUGCAGCUUCAAGGUCAAGAUGGUGGACGAGCUUAAGAAAGGAGAGGAGGUGAUGGAGUACUGCUCCUUCCGGGAUGAGGACGACGACUGCACCUACAGCUACAACGUGGAGGGGGACGGCACCCCUGGGCCCAAUAGCACCAUCCUGGUGCACAGGAAGAAGGACUGUCCCCCCGGCUCCUUCUGGUGGCUUAUUCCGCUGCUCAUCUUCCUUCUGCUGCUCUUGGCUCUGCUGCUGCUGCUGUGUUGGAAGUACUGCGCCUGCUGCAAGGCCUGCCUGGCUCUCCUCCCUUGCUGCAACCGAGGUCAUAUGGUGGGCUUCAAGGAAGACCACUACAUGCUGCGAGAGAGCCUGAUGGCCUCCGACCACCUGGACACGCCCAUGCUGCGCAGCGGGAACCUCAAGGGCCGGGACACCGUCCGCUGGAAGAUCACCAACAACGUGCACCGGCCGGCCUUUGCCAGCCACUCAGCCAGCACCAAGCCCUCAGAGCUGGUGCCCUACGGGCUGUCUCUGCGCCUCGCCCGCCUUUACACAGAGAACCUGCUCAAGCCUGACACUCGAGAAUGUGACCAGCUGCGUCGUGAGGUGGAGGAGAAUCUGAACGAGGUAUACAGACAGAUCCCAGACGCCCACAAGCUCCAGCACACCAAGUUCCGGCAGCAACCCAACGCCGGGAAGAAGCAGGACCACACCAUCGUGGACACCGUGCUGAUGGCACCCCGCUCAGCCAAGCAGGCACUGCUGAAGCUGACAGAGCGGCACGUGGACCAGAAGACCUUCCAUGAGCUCAAAGUGGCACCCGGCUACUACACGCUCACUGCUGACCAAGAGGCUCGGGGCAUGGUGGAGUUCCAGGAGGGCGUGGAGAUGGUAGACGUGCGGGUGCCCCUCUUCAUCCGGCCAGAGGACGACAAUGAGAAGCAGCUGCUGGUGGAGGCCAUUGACGUGCCCGUGGGCACUGCCACCCUCGGCCGCCGUCUGGUGAACAUCACUGUCAUCAAAGAGCAAGCCAGUGGAAUUGUGUCCUUUGAGCAACCUGAGUACGUGAUCAGCAGAGGGGAGCAGGUGGCUCGCAUCCCCGUCAUCCGGCGCAUUCUGGACAACGGCAAGUCCCAGGUUUCCUACCGCACACAGGACAGCACGGCACAAGGCAAACGGGACUAUCUUCCCACAGAGGGGGAGCUGGUGUUCCAGCCUGGGGAGACCUGGAAGGAGGUCCAGGUGAAACUCCUAGAGAUGCAGGAAAUGGACUCCCUCCUGCGAGACCGCCAGACCCGCCGCUUCCUCAUUCAGCUCAUCAGUCCCAAAUUCGGGACCCGCCUGGGCCAACCCCACUCAGCCACUGUCAUCAUUGGUGAUCGAGAUGAAAUGGAUGGAAAUAUCAUGAACCAUCCCUUGUUGUCAUCUGCACCGCCCCAGUGUGACCUGGGCGCUCCACAGAACCCCAAUGCCAAAGCUGCAGGGUCCCGGAAGAUCCAGUUCAAUUGGUUGCCCCCUCCUGGAAAACCGACAGGCUACAGGGUGAAGUACUGGAUCCAGGGGGACUCUGAGUCAGAAGCCCACCUGCUUGACAGCAAGGUGCCAUCCGUGGAGCUCACUAACCUGUACCCCUACUGCGACUAUGAGAUGAAAGUGUGUGCCUAUGGGGCCCUGGGCGAGGGCCUCUACAGCUCCCUGGUGUCCUGCCGCACCCACCAGGAAGCACCCAGCGAACCCGGGCGGCUGGCGUUCAAUGUUGUCUCCCCAACGGUGACCCAACUGAGCUGGGCUGAGCCGGCUGAGACCAACGGCGAGAUCACAGCCUAUGAGGUCUGCUAUGGCCUGGUCAACGAGGACAACCGACCCAUUGGGCCGAUGAAAAAGGUGCUGGUGGACAGCCCCAAGAGGCGCAUGCUGCUGAUCGAGAACCUGCGCGAGUCCCAGCCCUACCGCUACACGGUGAAGGCGCGCAACGGGGCUGGCUGGGGGCCGGAGCGGGAAGCUAUCAUCAACCUGGCCACCCAGCCCACGCGGCCCAUGUCCAUUCCCAUCAUCCCGGACAUCCCUAUCGUGGACGCCCAGAGUGGGGAAGAUUAUGAGAACUUCCUCAUGUACAGCGACGAUGUUCUCCGCUCCCCUGCUGGCAGCCAGAGGCCCAGCGUCUCUGAUGAUACUGGCGGCGGCUGGAAGUCGGAGCCCCUGCCCGGGGAGGAGCUGGACCUGCGGCGCGUCACGUGGCGGCUACCCCCGGAGCUCAUUCCGCGCCUGUCGGUCAGCAGCGCGAGCUCCUCCUCGGCCGAGCCGCCCCGCAGAUCCCCGGACCCCGGCUCCGGCCGCCUGGAGGGGGAGGGCGGCGGCACCAAGCCUGGGGCCCCCGGAGAGCACCUUGUGAAUGGGCGGACGGACUUUGCCUUCCUGGGCAGUGCCAACUCCCUGCACAGAAUGACCGUUGCCAACGCUGCUUACGGCACCCACCUGAGCCCACACCUGCCACACAGAUUGCUGAGCACGUCCUCCACUCUCACCCGGGACUACCACUCACUGACCCGCAGGGAACACUCACUCCCUGCCACGCUGCCCAGGGACCGGACCAACUUCAGCUCCCUUCCUCCCCACAGCCUCCCUCCCAUCUGGGAAGACGGGAGGAGCAGGCUCCCACUGUCCUGGGCCCUGGGCUCCAGGAGUUGGGCUCGGAUGGAGCUCCCCACCUGCGGGGACUCUAGAGACUCUAUAAUCCUGGCUGGGCAGCCAGCAGCACCCUCUAGUGGUCCAGAUUCCCGGCCUGCUCUGGGUGUCACCCCCAGCCGCCUGGUGUUCUCGGCCCUGGGCCCCACGUCUGUUAAAGUGAGCUGGCAGGAGCCGCAGUGUGAGCAGGGGCUGCAGGGCUAUGCUGUGGAGUACCAGCUGCUGAGCGGCGGUGAGGUGUAUCAGCUUAGCAUCCCCAGCCCCAGCCAGACAUCAGUAGUGGUGGAAGACCUGCUGCCCAACCACUCCUACAUGUUCCGAGUGCGGGCCCAGACCCAAGACGGCUGGGGCCCCGACCGCGAGGGGGUCAUCACCAUUGAGUCACAGGUGCACCCACAGAGCCCGCUCUGCCCCUUGCCAGGCUCCACCUUCACUUUAAGCACCCCCAGUGCCCCGGGCCCACUGGUAUUCACCGCUCUGAGCCCUGAGUCACUGCAGCUCAGUUGGGAGCGGCCACGCAGGCCUGAUGGGGACAUCCUAGGCUACCUGGUGACCUGCGAGAUGGCCCAAGGAGCAGGGUCAGCCACCACCUUCGUGGUGGAAGGGGACUCCCCUGAGAGUCGACUGACAGUACCGGGCCUCAGCGAGAAUGUGCCCUACAAGUUCAAGGUGCAGGCCAAGACCACCAAUGGCUUCGGGCCAGAGCGCGAGGGGAUCAUCACCAUCGAGUCCCAGCAUGGAAGCCACUUCCCACAGCUGGGCAGCCACUCUGGAUUCUUCCAGCACUCCCUGCCUCGAGAGUACAGCACCCUCACCAGCACCCACAGCAGCACCAAUGAGCCCUUUCUACUGGAUGGACUAACUCUGGGAUCCCAGCACCUGGAAGCCGGUGGUUCCCUCACCCGGCAUGUGACCCAAGAGUUUGUGAGCCGGACACUAACCACCAGCGGAACCCUGAGCAGCCAGGUAGACCAGCAGUUCUUCCAGACCUGAGCUUCCCCCCCAACGCCUCCCGGCCCCGCAGUGUCCUGGCACCUGGACCCCAGCCAGACUCACCUGCUUGCUGCUGCCUGAGUUGCCCCACAACCUGGCCUCCUGGUGGCCCUGCCCACCUGCAUGGUGAUCACAGGGCAGGGGGUGGUGUCCUCUGUGGGACUUGAUGAGGGGAGAGGUCCCAGAAAUCCUGUCAGGCUUGGCCCCCUAGCCCCCACCCCAGGUUUAAGCCCGUUUGUAACCAAAGAGCUGGGACCAGCAUAACAAGGGCCCGACUUUGUUCCGCACUUAAGUAAAAGA